AUGUCCUCCAUCAUCUACCACCUGGCAUUCCGGUCCGACUGGGAGGCCGGCUUCGCCGCCGGCGAAUAUCGCGCGCCAUCGCUGGCGGAAGAAGGCUUCAUUCAUGCCAGCGGUGACGAGGAGCAGAUGCUCCGGGUCGCUGCGCGACUGUUCGCCGGCCGCGACGAUCUGCUCGUGUUGGACGUGGACACCGACCGGCUUUCCGACGAUUCGCCAGUGAUCCGUGAGCCCGCCCGAUCGGGGGAGAUUUACCCGCAUGUGUACGGGCCGAUCACACCCGCCGCGGUGUCCAGGGUUCGGGCGCUCAAACCGGACGUGGCAGAUCCCGGCACGUUCGUCCUUGAGAGCGAAGGGUGA